CGCGUGGCAUCAAUGGGGUAAUAGGGUUUCUGGUCACCCGAUAUCCCCCAUUUAAAGCAGUGGAAGAUCUCUCUGACAAGGGUGUUCACCUUAUCUCCCUCCCGGGUCCUACAUGAGGCUUGAUCCAGGCCAUCUGCCCGCCAUGGUUUCAAUCCAUGUAUUAUUACUCACGGUUUCCGUCCUGUCUAUCUUGCUCAUCCUACGAUGCAUCUGGACGAUCGUGUACCGGCUGUUCUUCCACCCCCUGGCCCAUCUACCGGGCCCACUUCUUGCUCGGGCCACGCAUCUGUAUGCCUUUUGGUAUAACAUGCAAGGUGGAUCCUUUUAUCUUCAGGUUCAAAAGCUGCAUGAGCAAUAUGGCCCCGUUGUCCGCAUCACACCUGACGAGAUCCACCUCAGCGACCCUGAAAACUGCGAGAAGAUCUACUACAUAGGAUCACGGUAUGGCAAGGACCCUCAGUUCUAUGGCGCGUUCGGCACCCACAAGGCGACUUUUACGGCACCAAGCCCCGACGUACAUCGAGUCAAGCGAUCGGCCUUGAACCCCUUCUUUUCGCGCAAAAAGGUGCUAGAGCUAGAGGAUAUUGUGCAGGAGAAGGCAGACAAGCUGGUCAGGCGCAUGAGGGAGUCUUUCAGCUCGACCGGCUGUAUUGACCUGCAUCAUGCCUUUCGAGCUAUCUCUGUGGAUGUCAUCAGUGACUACGCCUUUGGGAAUUGUUACGGCUUUCUCAACAAGAGAAACUUUGGCGCUGAGUUCUUUGACAUGAUCCGAGGUUUUGGUCCGGCAUUUUGGUUCUUUCAGCAAUUCCCGGCUAUACAGGGGCUUUCACUGGGCACACCGUUCUGGUUGGCUAAGUUGACUAGUGAACCUUUGACGAGGAUGAUGUUGCAUCGUGAGGGUUCUCGUCGCCAAAUAUUGAAGGUGAAGGACGCUGUUGAUCGGGGCGAGAAAGGAAGCCGAGCAACUAUAUUUCACCAGCUUCUUCACCCGGAGGCUACUGAAGGUCAUGUGGUGCCCACGGUGGAGGAGCUGGAAGACGAGGCCUAUAUCAUGCUGGCUGCGGCUGCAGACACAACUGGAAAUGCGCUCACCAUUGCUGCCUACAAUGUUGUUCGGAAUGCACAAAUCUACAAACGCUUAACGGAGGAGCUGAAGCAGGCAUUUCCUGAUCCGGAAGGGCAAAUAGACUUUGUGGAUUUGGAAAGAUUGCCCUACUUGACCGCUGUUAUCAAGGAGGCUCUAAGGCUAUCCUGUGGAGUCCCUGGUAGACUACCACGAGUCGUUCCUGACGUCGGAGCUGAGUUCAAUGGCUAUCAUGUUCCUCCUGGGGUAUGCAUCGAGCUUGCCACUGUAAUUGUCAAUCCGCUAACAUAUGUUAAGACUGUUGUCAGCAUGAGCUCAUGGACAAUGCAUCACAACGAAGAUUUAUUCCCACAAUCGGAAACCUUUGACCCAGACCGAUGGACUGAUCCAGUAAUUGGCAAGUCUCUUGAGAAGUACUUGUUCUCUUUCGGCAAGGGGUCUAGACAAUGUAUCGGGAUGCCGCUUGCAUACUGCGAGCUGUAUGUGACGCUUGGCCGGCUUUUCCGACAGUUUGACGACUUGAAAACAGCUCAGAAGAGCCGGGAGGAGCUGCGAUAUAACGACUAUUUCUCAUCCUAUCAUCCGGCGGAAUACAACAAAUUUAUCUUCGAGAAGGCAAGCUGAGAUUUCUUAUUUCUUCUGCGCCCUUCUCACUUUAUUUCUUGUCAUGUUUUGAUGAUACCACCGCGCCAUGGCUCAACCAGUGUCCAUAUAAUGAUAUCCAAGCUAGUCACAAUCAAAUAAAUCGC